UUUCUGCCAGAUCACCCGGGUCUACGUGUUCGACUAUGGCAUGUACUCUGCAGACUUCACUGGGUAAGUUCUGGGUGUUGUGUUGACUAUCAAUGACAUUAAUUUGCAUGUAUCAAUCAAUCAGAGACAAGGGAGCUGAGAAUUCCAGGAGACAUGGCAGUCCUCGAGAAUUGGAGUCGAAUGCCCCUGCACUAUGGGUGUCCAAAUAUUGUUAGUACCACAUAACCAGCUGUGGAGUAAAUCGAAAAGUCCAGCAACUACAAUGCACUUAACUGUAAUGUACAUUGGGGUGCAUUGAUCAAGACUUCAGUUCCACCUCCUCCCUGGUUUCUGGUGAACCAGAAAACCAAACGAGUGCUAGGGCAGGGGUGGCCAGUUGCUAAGCAACCACAGUAGGAGACCCACAGCAUCACAAGUGCAGACCUCCCUCUUUGCCUCUUUGAUUUCUUCUUUCUUCCUCUCCAUUCCUUCCUUCUCUCGUUCCUUCCUUUCUUCUCUUCCUUAUUCAUGAAAUGCCGAUGACUAAAAGCUUGGAAAUGGCACAGAAUAUCAUCAAGUCAUACUUAAUAGGCUCUUUGUAGUUUCUCCCUGGGUUAGACGGUCAGGGCACAAUCUAUUCCAUGCAACAUAGUCAUCUGCUACCAGUUUUAACUUGCUACUAACUUUAACUUGGGGUGUUGUAUCAUUUUGAACGACUGAUUUUCUGUGCAACCUACAGCUAAUGAAUACUCCCAUUAAUAAGGAUAGUCUUUAAGAUUUCACCCCACAGUUCUUCAGUCAUAUGGUAUUACGUACGUGACACUGUGUCUUGUUGUCUUCAGGGCAUAUAGAAAAGCAUACACAGACUUAAUAGACAUUGCUGAUAGCAGCAAGAAGUAAGUCUUCCAUUCCAAAGAGUGAGGAUAUGGUAAUGCAUGUUAGCUACAGUAGUGUUCCCAGUGCUUUCAGUGAAUGAUGGUCAAUUAAGCAAUAAGGUACAUUAAGGUACCUCGUAAUUAGAGCAGUAAAAAUAAAUGUUUUGUCAUACCCGUGGUAUACGGUCUGAUAUAUCGCUGCUGUCAGCCAUUCAGCAUUCAGGGCUCGAACCACCCAGUGUGUAAUUAAUAAUAUAUCCCUGAUGGAGAUGGGAUAUUAAUAUAUUAUGUAAUGAGAAGAAGUUAGCUACAGUGUAGGUGAGCAGUUGCAGUCAGGGGUGAUAUAAGUUGAUGUGAUUGGUUACUCUCCUCUCCUGUGUUCUCUCCUAUAGACCAAUGAUGGUCAUCACUCAGAAGAUAACCAGCCUUGCGUUUGAGAUACAUGACGGUGAGACACCUGUGUGUGUGUGUGUGUGUGUGUAAACAAGCGUGUGUAUUUGUGUGCGUAAUAUGAUUCUUAUCGUCUGUGUGUGUCUCUAUAUCUAAGGAAGUCAGUCGUGGUGGUGAUGGAACACGCCAUUUGUCAUUGAUAAGGCUGUCAUGACAGUUGCCUGGGAGAUAAAAGUAGCAGCAGAGAGGGAGGCAAUAACAGUGGUUUUAUGAACUGCUCUCAGUUUCCUCUCUCCCAGCCAGCUAAAGCUACAACUAGCAGGGGAAGUCAGGAACUCUACCACGUUCUAUGCAUAGUGAGAGAGAUCUGGCUAAAGCUACAACUAGCAGGGGAAGUCAGGAAGUCUAUGCAUAGUGAGAGAGAUCUGUGUCCCCUUUUUAAUAGAAAAAUAAGCAAGACAUCAGAGGGGAUAUGAACGUCAAAUUGUAUUAUAUUGGUUUCAGCUGCUAGGACUUUUCGUAGGCAAGUUUCCAUUAUGUGUUUGUUUUAGGCUGGGUUUCUGUAUAAGCACUUUGAGACAUCUGCUGAUGUAAAAAGGGCUUUAUAAAUACAUUUGAUUGAUUGAUGCGUUUGGCACCUUUCAGACAAUAAAUAGUCCCCUUUAUAUCCCGUUCAUCUGGUUUUAUUCCUUUUGAAUUGAAAAACAAACAACAUAUACCAUUUCAACUAGUAGUUUUAAUUUUCUAAAUAUCUCUUUGUCGACAGAAUGCAUAAUACAGUAAUUGAUACUGUAGUGCUUGUAUGGUGAGGAAUUUUGACCGUGGACUCAGUUGAGGGGGCAGGGGUGGCAUUGUAAACAAGUGUAUGUAACGAGAAACGUUCUCUCCAUCCCUCUCCAAGUUCCUGUCACGUUCGUUGUGUAAUCGGACCAAGGUGCAGCGUGGUAUGCAUACAUAGUCGUUUAUUUUAAUAAACACCGACAAAAUAACAAAAUCCAACAGAAUGUGAAGUUCAAGAGGCUAAACAUCAAACAAGCCAAACAGAAACAAGAUCCCACAACUAAGGUAGGCAACAUGGCUGCCUAAGUAUGAUCCCCAAUCAGAGACAACGACCGACAGCUGCCUCUGAUUGGGAACCACACCCGGCCAACAUAGAAAUAUAUAAAUUAGAUUUCACACCCUGACCAACCCAACUAGAGAUCUCAAUGUCAGGGCGUGACAGUUCCUCUGUAAGCCUUUUCCUUUCCUCUACACCAAAUCAUCCAUAACGUCAGAUACAGUAUGCAUAGUGAAGUGUGUGUGUGUCAAAUCAAAUCCACGUUUAUUUGUCACAUACACAGUUUACAGCAGGUAUAAAUGCUGCAGCGAAAUGCUUACUUGCGAGCUCCCUCAGCAGUGCAGUACAACGUGUGUGUGUGUGUGGUGAAUGGGGAUUACAUAGCUGUAGUCCUUUUGAAGUCUUGUAAAGUAGAACGCCAGUGUUAGAAGUCCAGAAGCAGUCAAAAGGCCACAGUAACUCAUUAAGGGAUUAGUUGGGAUGUCACAUUGAGAACUACAUGUUCUUCUGUAGAGGGAAACAUGUCAUGUAUUACGUGACCAUAGUGUAACCACUUGGGUGCACUGGAAAAAGUGUACACCCAAGUAAAAUGGAAAGAUAAGCAACAUUUAAAAUGAUCAAUUAGACAGUGCCCAUUUUUCCCCAUUCAUUUGGGAUUGGCUGGAUCUAGAUAUGGCUGGAUCUACACAACAUAUGUCGUGUGAUAUGAGCUCAUCUCCACAUUUGACCUCUUGAGGUCUGAAAACGUCUGACAAAGUUCUAUUUUGGAGGGAAAUAUCCCUUUAAUGUUUGCUGGAAUUCCCAUGGCGCUCAACAGAUGGUAAACAGUGUUUAAAUAUGCAUGGUAAUGAGGUUAUGUAAUAAUCCCCUCCUUCUCCCUGUCCUCCGCUGACUCCAGGCUUCAUUAUCACUGGGUCUCUCACCCACGACCCCUGACCUUGCCUAUCACCACGGGGAUGGCCUUUGACCUCUGUUUUGACUGGCCAUUAGGCCACACAGCCCUUGGGGCCACUGGGCAAGUGGCAGUUAUUUCUGUCGAAUAUUAUGUUUGUUCCUGUCUGCAGGCUUCAUAUGAAAAGGAAUAGUUUAUGGCUGCUUUUCUGUAUCUUAUGAAGCAGACAACAUACUGGAAGCAUAACCUUUUAUGGUGUAACACGUCAUUAUGCAAUGACAUGUUGAUUAAACUGUAACUGUCACUUCUAGAGCCUACUGACAUGGAAGAGGAUGGCUGCUGAGACUAGGCCUAGUUGUCCACUGCUGUGUAGGCCUGUGUGAUAGUGUCCUAGUGUGUGCUCGUACAGGCCUUAACAGUUGCGUGUGUGUGUUUGUGGUGUGUGCAGCUGUGUGGUCGGCAUGAUUUACUUUGGUUGUGUGUUCGGUGCAUUAGGCGAAAUGGAGGUUGAUAAGGAGUUUAAUCUGGUGAAUGGCAGUGUGGUAAACGGAGCAUUACUCCCAUCUCUUCCCUUGCCUUUCACUACUGCUAGUAGCUCUGACUGAAGUAGACUGAGAUAGACUUAGGCCACAGCUGAUUUAGGCCCUGUACAUUCGGGAAAGACAACACUACCGCUAGCAGGUCUGACUGAGGUAGAUGGCGUCAACUCAAUAUUAGGAAGGUGUCUUAAUGUUUUGUACACUCAGUGUAUAUCCAUACUACAAAAGUAGUGCAUGCAGUGUAUAGGGAGUAGGGUGCCAUGUGGGACUAAGACAAUGUUAAGCGUUGAGCCAUAAUGAGUCUGACUCUGCAGACCAGACCAGUGGGAAUCACUGAGUAUGUAAUUCUAGGAGUGAUUCUGAUAACAGCCCGGCUUCACCCCUAAAACAUCAUCAGCCUGAGACUAUAGUCUUUAGCUGGAUGAAUCACUAGCUUAGCUCUCGUUUUCCUGACCUAAUAUCUGGGAUUUGAUUUCAUGUUCCGCUUCUUUAGUUGUUUUCCCUGCAACUCUAUUGUAUUACAGUUAACACCUGAUAAUCAUAUUUCUCGGCACAUUUUCUUAGAAUUCAAAUGCACACACUUCUUACUUACUCUGGAUAUCUGCAUGCAUUCAUGACAGUCCCAGGUCAUUGCAUAAUGUAUUAGGAGUUGAAUGUAUGUGACCAGACUCUGUGUUCCCAUAGGCUUGGCGAGGAAGGAGGAGCAGCUGACCCCCAGUCAGAGAUGCCUAGCUGUAAGGUAUGUGACCCAGGUAUGUUUUUAUUCUCCCAGCUGGACUAGAGACAGUUCUACUGCCAUACUAAAGGUAUUACUGUGGGAUGUGGUCACUGGGAAAACCUCCAUAGCAGCCGCUAGCUAGUACUCAUGUCACGUGUAUAGUUUCUGUUGUUCAGUGACAUUUUUUGGUUCUCUCGCUCUCAAUCUAUCUCCUCCCUCUCUCUCUUUCUUUCCCUCUCUCUUUCCCAUUGUAUCAAACAUGUUUUUUUUUUUCUACUUCUACUCAGAUUUGAUAACAAUAUGGACACAAAUAAAGAUCAUGUAGGUACCAUGUAAAAUGUAGCUCACAACAGGACAUUUGCUUCUAAAGAGGACGAGAGGAUGGAAAUGAUUGCCUCUGGAGGAAUCUUAUAUUAUUCAAUUUUCUUCCCAUUAAAUUACUGAGAACAGAAUGUUCCUGGUAUCAACAACAAUUAGAGUGAUUCAUUAUGACUUAACUACCCCAGCACUCCUCUCACAGUCUCUGAAAGCCUUUGCAUGGCAACUGCACGUACGUCCUGCGUCAUGUGACCAGGGUAGUCAGAAAGAAGCUGGUAGUGACCAAGGAGUGGAGCGCCAACCUACCGUGUGAAAGGAAUUUAAUCAAUGAGUAAUUUUGGCAGUACUUUAACGAUGUUUGUGCAAGUUUAGUAGGACAUUGAACAAAAUUGUGCAAGUCAUCCUUGAGAAAAUAACAUCCAGAAAAUUACACAUCGAUGUCAAAUCAGUCUUGACAUUGUGAGAAAAUAAAUUGAGAAUUGCCACAGUUACAAAUAUAUGUUAUAAUAUUGUAAUCUGCUGAUAUGAUACCUAUAACAGCUCAACUACAGUUUAGCCUAGCCAACCCCUUGGCCAAAGGACAGAAAUGUGACAUGAGCUGCUCAUUGUGACUUAGCUGCUCACUCUGAGACAAACUCCAGGGAAGCGAGAAAUUAGCAAUCAAAGUGUGUUCCCCUGACCUUGCAGUACCUCUACCACCACCACACUCAACAGAUUGCACUUGGCAGGGAAAGGCUGCACUCACUCCCUCCAAAGUGCCACACAGAUGUAAAUGCUGCCAGUGCAACAAAGCCUCUUUACUAAUCGGCUCCUAGAACCAAAAGCACCGCAACCAUCCAUUUUACAAAAGUUUAGGAAUGCUCUGAUCUUCAUCGUGUCCUCACAAGUCACCAUCCCGGACAUUUUCGUAAACUUUUUUUGCAUCUGCCUGAGUUCACGAUAAUUUGUCUGCUGAGUCACCUACGAGGGAAGACCUAGAGUUGUGUUCGAAUACCCAUACUAACAUUUUAUAUUUAAAUUUUAGUCAUUUAGCAGACGCUCUUAUCCAGAGCGACUUAGUUAGUGAGUGCAUACAUUUUCAUACUGGCCCCCCGUGGGAAACGAACCCACAACCCUGGCGUUGCAAGUGCCAUGCUCUACCAACUGAGCUACAGGGGACUAACAUACUGUAUACUACAUACUUAAUGAGUAUACACUACAAACUAUUAGUUCAUUUUAGUAUACAGUAAACGAAUGGUAUCCUUUCAGUUGAGUGUGCUAGCGCUUUGCCUGUCUACCGGAAGUUGAUGCUGUUGCUAUGCAACUUCUUGCUAGCUUGUUAGCAUAACAAAUUACUAGUAGUACGACAUCCGGGAACUUUUGGCAUACUAACUAUAUCCAUACUAUGACCAAUAAGCAUACUACAUACUCAAUUUACAUCACAAAUAGUAUGGUUAGUGCUUAUUGGAACACAGCUUAGGUCUCUACUCUUGUCGCUCUACUUGGGUGGGCAUUCAGUAUGGCCAUGCUAGAAUUCCACGUAUCCCUAAUCUAGGGUCAAGGCAGGGUAGGGGUAAUGUUAGCCCUAAUUACCGUACUAAUAGACACAUGGAUAGGAACGAGACCAGGGUGAAGUUAUAUGUAAGGUAUGUUAAGGUUUUUUGUUAAAUCUCCUUUGUGAUCAGAGAACAGGAUACAGUGCGUCCAUGUUUUCUAGCAUGACUCGAUAGAGACGAUCCUCGGCUUGACCCGCUUGUUGCUAACAGCUGCAUCUCUGUCUGACAUCUCAUUCUGGUCUUGUCCUCUUCCCCCAGGAGGAUGCCCAGUCUGCUGGAGUACCUGAGCUACAACUGUAACUUCAUGGGCAUCCUGGCCGGGCCCACCUGCUCCUACAACGACUACAUGGCUUUCAUCGAGGGCACGGCCUACCAGCCUCGCCACCUGGAGGCCAACGGAAAGGAGAACGGGAAGUACAAGCACACAGAGCCCUCGCCCAAGGUACCACACUGCCUGUCUCUCAUUGUUAGAGCUCCCCCUACUGGUCAGGAGUAACUUGGUAGAAUAAAAUAUAAUUAUUGGGUGAUUCCUCACGAAACUAGAACAAAGAAAUACCAUGAUUUUGGGGAUCUCUGCUACGUUUAGUGUUAUGAUAGAAUUUGUAAGCAUUACCAACAGAGUGAAUGUGAAAAUGGAUUUUAAAAAAUGAGUCGAGAGCUUGGGACUAUAAGGUUCUAUCUCCAAAAAUAUGAUUCUGAGAUAAUUGGCUUUAAAGUUCAUUGGUUUGAAUGAUGUCAGCAAUUUUUUUUAAAUUGUAUUCCAGGUUUCUUUCUGGAUGAAAAUGGUACUUAGGGGGUGGACGUAGCAGGGGCAUGGCCAUGGGCGUGGCCAAUGGUGCAGUCACCGACCCAACAUUUUAGAGGCCCUCCUGUUGGCUGCAGUGAUAAAAUGUAGCUGUUUUAAAGCUAAUUUCUUGCAUUUCUACACAUUUUGCCAUCAGGCUGAGAGAAAAAUGUGCAGUUUCAAAGCAAAUUUCCUGCAAAUCUACACAUCUUGCCAUGGAUUUGAGUGACUCAAACAUUAUUAAAAAAUAAAUGGGGGCCCCAUCCCAUGACAAAAAUACUCCUGAAUGCAUCAUUUGCGGAAUUUUAUUUUCUGCAUACUUUAUAUCUGAAAAAGUUUUUCCAUCCCCCCCAAUGAGUUUAUGUACUGCAUACAAAAUAUUCAAACCCUUGACGUUUUCCACAUUUUGUUACAGCCUUAUUCUAAAAUGGAUUCAAUUGUUUUUUCCCCUCAUCAAUCUACACAAUACCCCAUAAUGACAAAGCAAAAACAGGUUUUUAGUAAUGUUGGCAAAAUAUAAAACAACUGGAAUAUCACAUUUACAUAAGUAUUCAAACCCUUUACUGAGUACUUUGUUGAAGCGCCUUUAGCACCUUUGGCAGCGAUUACAGCCUCGAGUUUUCUUGGGUAUGAUGCUACAAGGUUGGCACAUCUGUAUUUGGGGAGUUUCUCCCAUUCUUCUCUGCAGAUCCUCUCAAGCUCGGUCAGGUUGGAUGGGGAGCAUCGCUCCGCAGCUAUUUUCAGGUCUUUCCAGAGAUUUUAGAUCGGUUUCAAGUCCGGCUCUGGCUGGGCAACUCAAGGACAUUCAGAGACUUGUCCCGAAGCCACUCCUGCGUUGUCUUGGCUGUGUGCUUAGGGUGGUUGUCCUGUUGGAAGGUGAACCUUCGCCCCAGUCUGAGGUCCUGACCGCUCUGGAGCAGGUUUUCAGAUUUCUCUGUACUUUGCUCCGUUCAUCUUUCCCUCGAUCCUGACUAGUCUCACCAGUCCCUGAAAAACAUCCCCACAGCAUGACGCUGCCACCAUCAUGCUUCACCGUAGGGAUGGUGCCAGGUUUCCUCCAGACGUGACGCUUGGCAUUCAGGCCAAAUAGUUCAAUCUUGGUUUCAUCAGACCAGAGAAUCUUGUUUCUCAUGGUCUGAAAGUCAUUUAGGUGUCCUUUUGGCAAACUCCAAGCGGGCUGUCGUGUUCCUUUUACUGAGGAGUGGCUUCCGCCUGGCCACUCUACCAUAAAGGCCUGAUUGGUGGAGUUCUGCAGAGAUGGUUGUCCUUCUGGAAGGUUCUCCCAUCUCCACAGAGUAACUUUGGAGCUCUGUCAGAGUGACCAUCGGGUUCUUGGUCACCUCCCUGACCAAUGCCCUUCUCCCCCGAUUGCUCAGUUUGGCCGGGCGGCCAGCUCUAGGAAGAGUCUUGGUGGUUUCAAACUUCUUCCAUUUAAGAAUGAUGGAGGCCACUGUGUUCUUGGGGACCUUCAAUGCUGCAGACAUUUUUUGGUACCCUUCCCCAGAUAUGUGCCUCGACACAAUCCUGUCUCGGAGCUCUACGGACAAUUCCUUUGACCUCAUGGCUUGGGUUUUGCUCUGAAAUGCACUGUCAACUGUGGGACAUUAUAUAGACAAGUGUGGGCCUUAUCAAAUCAUGUCCAAUCAAUUGAAUUUACCACAGGUGGACUCCAAUCAAGUUGUAGAAACAUCUCAAGGAUGGUCAACGGAAACAGGAUGCACCUGAGCUCAGUUUCGAGUCUCAUUGCAAAGGGUCUGAAUACUUAUGUAAAUAAGGUAUUUCUGUUUUUUAUUAUGGGGGUAUUAAUGAGAGAAUUAAAAAAUAUAUACAGUGGGGAGAACAAGUAUUUGAUACACUGCCAAUUUUGCAGGUUUUCCUACUUACAAGGUAUGUAGAGGUCUGUAAUUUUUAUCAUAGGUACACUUCAACUGUGAGAGACAAAAUGAGAAAAAAAAAUCCAGAAAAUUACAUUGUAUGAUUUUUAAGUAAUUAAUUUGCAUUUUAUUGCAUGACAUACAGUGGGGGGAAAAAAGUAUUUAGUCAGCCACCAAUUGUGUAAGUUUUCCCACUUAAAAAGAUGAGAGAGGCCUGUAAUUUUCAUCAUAGGUACACGUCAACUAUGACAGACAAAAUGAGAAAAAAAAUUCCAGAAAAUCACAUUGUAGGAUUUUUUAUGAAUUUAUUUGCAAAUUAUGGUGGAAAAUAAGUAUUUGGUCAAUAACAAAAGUUUCUCAAUACUUUGUUAUAUACCCUUUGUUGGCAAUGACACAGGUCAAACGUUUUCUGUAAGUCUUCACAAGGUUUUCACACACUGUUGCUGGUAUUUUGGCCCAUUCCUCCAUGCAGAUCUCCUCUAGAGCAGUGAUGUUUUGGGGCUGUCGCUGGGCAACACGGACUUUCAACUCCCUCCAAAGAUUUUCUAUGGGGUUGAGAUCUGGAGACUGGCUAGGCCACUCCAGGACCUUGAAAUGCUUCUUACGAAGCCACUCCUUCGUUGCCCGGGCGGUGUGUUUGGGAUCAUUGUCAUGCUGAAAGACCCAGCCACGUUUCAUCUUCAAUGCCCUUGCUGAUGGAAGGAGGUUUUCACUCAAAAUCUCACGAUACAUGGCCCCAUUCAUUCUUUCCUUUACACGGAUCAGUCGUCCUGGUCCCUUUGCAGAAAAACAGCCCCAAAGCAUGAUGUUUCCACCCCCAUGCUUCACAGUAGGUAUGGUGUUCUUUGGAUGCAACUCAGCAUUCUUUGUCCUCCAAACACGACGAGUUGAGUUUUUACCAAAAAGUUAUAUUUUGGUUUCAUCUGACCAUAUGACAUUCUCCCAAUCCUCUUCUGGAUCAUCCAAAUGCACUCUAGCAAACUUCAGACGGGCCUGAACAUGUACUGGCUUAAGCAGGGGGACACGUCUGGCACUGCAGGAUUUGAGUCCCUGGCGGCGUAGUGUGUUACUGAUGGUAGGCUUUGUUACUUUGGUCCCAGCUCUCUGCAGGUCAUUCACUAGGUCCCCCCGUGUGGUUCUGGGAUUUUUGCUCACCGUUCUUGUGAUCAUUUUGACCCCACGGGGUGAGAUCUUGCGUGGAGCCCCAGAUCGAGGGAGAUUAUCAGUGGUCUUGUAUGUCUUCCAUUUCCUAAUAAUUGCUCCCACAGUUGAUUUCUUCAAACCAAGCUGCUUACCUAUUGCAGAUUCAGUCUUCCCAGCCUGGUGCAGGUCUACAAUUUUGUUUCUGGUGUCCUUUGACAGCUCUUUGGUCUUGGCCACAGUGGAGUUUGGAGUGUGACUGUUUGAGGUUGUGGACAGGUGUCUUUUAUACUGAUAACAAGUUCAAACAGGUGCCAUUAAUACAGGUAACGAGUGGAGGACAGAGGAGCCUCUUAAAGAAGAAGUUACAGGUCUGUGAGAGCCAGAAAUCUUGCUUGUUUGUAGGUGACCAAAUACUUAUUUUCCACCAUAAUUUGCAAAUAAAUUCAUAAAAAAUCCUACAAUAUGAUUUUCUGGAUUUUUUUCCCUCAAUUUGUCUGUCAUAGUUGACGUGUACCUAUGAUGAAAAUUACAGGCCUCUCUCAUCUUUUUAAGUGGGAGAACUUGCACAAUUGGUGGCUGACUAAAUACUUUUUUCCCCCACUGUAAGUAUUUGAUCACCUACCAACCAGUAAGAUUUCCGGCUCUCACAGACCUGUUAGUUUUUCUUUAAGAAGCCCUCCUGUUCUCCACUCAUUACCUGUAUUAACUGCACCUGUUUGAACUCGUUACCUGUAUAAAAGACACCUGUCCACACACUCAAUCAAACAGACUCCAACCUCUCCACAAUGGCCAAGACCAGAGAGCUGUGUAAGGACAUCAGGGAUAAAAUUGUAGACCUGCACAAGGCUGGGAUGGGCUACAGGCCAAUAGGCAAGCAGCUUGGUGAGAAGGCAACAACUGUUGGCGCAAAUAUUAGAAAAUGGAAGAAGUUCAAGAUGACGGUCAAUCACCCUCGGUCUGGGGCUCCAUGCAAGAUCUCACCUCGUGGGGCAUCAAUGAUCAUGAGGAAGGUGAGGGAUCAGCCCAGAACUACACGGCAGGACCUGGUCAAUGACCUGAAGAGAGCUGGGACCACAGUCUCAAAGAAAACCAUUAGUAACACACUACGCCGUCAUAGAUUAAAAUCCUGCAGCGCACGCAAGGUCCCCCUGCUCAAGCCAGCGCAUGUCCAGGCCCAUCUGAAGUUUGCCAAUGACCAUCUGGAUGAUCCAGAGGAGGAAUAUGAGAAGGUCAUGUGGUCUGAUGAGACAAAAAUAGAGCUUUUUGGUCUAAACUCCACUCGCCGUGUUUGGAGGAAGAAGAAGGAUGAGUACAACCCCAAUAACACCAUCCCAACCGUGAAGCAUGGAGGUGGAAACAUCAUUCUUUGGGAAUGCUUUUCUGCAAAGGGGACAGGACGACUGCACCGUAUUGAGGGGAGGAUGGAUGGGGCCAUGUAUCGCGAGAUCUUGGCCAACAACCUCCUUCCCUCAGUAAGAGCAUUGAAGAUGGGUCGUGGCUGGGUCUUCCAGCAUGACAACGACCCGAAACACACAGCCAGGGCAACUAAGGAGUGGGUCCGUAAGAAGCAUCUCAAAGUCCUGCAGUGGCCUAGCCAGUCUCCAGACCUGAACCCAAUAGAAAAUCUUUGGAGGGAGCUGAAAGUCCUUAUUGCCCAGCGACAGUCCCGAAACCUGAAGGAUAUGGAGAAGGUCUGUAUGGAGGAGUGGGCCAAAAUCCCUGCUGCAGUGUGUGCAAACCUGGUCAAGACCUACAGGAAAUUUAUGAUCUCUGUAAUUGCAAACAAAGGUUUCUGUACCAAAUAUUAAGUUCUGCUUUUCUGAUGUAUCAAAUACUUAUGUCAUGCAAUAAAAUGCAAAUUAAUUACUUAAAAAUCAUACAAUGUGAUUUUCUGGAUUUUUGUUUUAGAUUCUGUCUCUCACAGUUGAAGUGUACCUAUGAUAAAAAUUACAGACCUGCUUUGUAAGUAGGAAAACCUGCAAAAUCGGCAGUGUAUCAAAUACUUGUUCUCCCCACUGUAUAUUUUAGAAUAAGGGUGAAAAAGUCAAGGGGUCUGAAUACUUUCCGAAUGCACUGUAUGUGUAUGUAUAUGUGUGUGUGUAUAUGCAUGUAUGUGUGUGUAUAUAUGCAUGUAAAGUACCAGUCAAACGUUUGGACACACCUACUCAUUCAAGGGUUUUUCUUUAUUUUUUUACUAUUUUCUACAUUGUAGAAUAAUAGUGAAGACAUCAAAACUAUGUAAUAACACAUAUAGAAUCAUGUAGUAACCAAAAAAGUGUUAAACAAACCAAAAUUAUUUUCUAUUUUAGAUUCUUCAAAUUAGCCACCCUUUGCCUUGAUGAUGGCUUUGCACACUCUUGGCAUUCUCUCAACCAGCUUCACCUGGAAUGCUUUUCCAACAGUCUUGAAGGAGUUCUCACAUAUGCUGAGCACUUGUUGGCUGCUUUUCCUUCACUCUGCUGUCCAACUCAUCCCAAACCAUCUCAAUUGGGUUGAGGUCGGGUGAUUGUGGAGGCCAGGUCAUCUGAUGCAGCACUCCAUUACUCUCCUUGGUCAAAUAGCCAUUACACAGCCUGGAGGUAUGUUGGGUCAUUGUCCUGUUGAAAAAACAAAUGAUAGUCCCACUAACCACAAACCAGAUGGGAUGUCGUAUCGCUGCAGAAUGCUUUGGUAGCCAUGCUGGUUAAUUGUGCUUUGAAUUCUAAAUAAAUCACCAACAGUGUCACCAGCGAAGCAUCCCCACACCAUCACACCUUCUCCUCCAUACUUCACGGUGGGAACCACACAUGCGGAGAUCAUCCGUUCACCUACUCUGCGUCUCACAAAGACACAGCGGUUGUAACCAAAUAUCUCACAUUUGGACUCAUCAGACCAAAGAACAGAUUUCCACCGGUCUAAUGAUUCACCCAGUCUCCUCUGAAAAGUUGAUGUUGAGAUGGGUCAGUUACUUGAACUCUGUGACGCAUUUAUUUCGGCUGCAAUCUGAGCUGCAGUUAACUCUAAUUAACUUAUCCUCUGCAGCAGAGGUAACUCUGGGUCUUCCUUUCCUGUGGCGGUUCUCAUGAGAGCGAGUUUCAUCAUAGCGCUUGAUGGUUUUUGAGUCUGCACUUGAAGAAACUUUCAAAGUUCUUGAAAUGUUCUGUAUUGACUGACCUUCAUGUCUUAAAGUAAUGAUGGACUGUCGUUUCUCUUUGCUUAUUUGAGCUGUUCUUGCCAUAAUAUGGACUUGGUCUUUUACCAAAUACGGCUAUCUUCUGUAUACCACCCCUACCUUGUCACAACACAACUGAUUGGCUUAAACGCAUUAAGAAGGAAAUAAAUUCCACAAAUUAACUUUUAACAAGGCACACCUGUUAAUUGAAAUGCAUUCCAGGUGACUACCUCAUGAAGCUGGUUGAGAGAAUGCCAAGAGUGUGCAAAGCUGUCAUCAAGGCAAAGGGUGGCUACUUUGAAGAAUCUCAAAUAAAAUAUAUUUUGAUUUGUUUAAAACUUUUUUAUUUACUACAUGAUUCCAUAUGUGUUAUUUCAUAGUUUUGAUGUCUUCACUAUUAUUCUACAAUGUAAAAAAUAGUACAAAUAAAGGAAAAACCCUGGAAUGAGUAGGUGUGUCCAAACCUUUGACUGGUUGUGUGUGUGUGUGUGUGUGUGUGUGUGUGUGUGUGUGUGUGUGUGUGUGUGUGUGUGUGUGUGUGUGUGUGUGUGUGUGUGUGUGUGUGUGUGUGUGUGUGUACUGUAUAAUUUAUAUCCCACUCCAGAGUUUGAGUGUGGAGUUGUUCUUGUGAGAUACUGUUAUGGCGAAAGUAUUCAGUAAAGGGAAGGGACACAAUACAAGCCCUGUUAAAUAUGGAGAGUGUUCUCAGACAGCCUAGCCUCACUAAAGAGUAAUUUAAGGGAGUUGUAGGUUACUCUUUAACAGAGCUGCAGCCAUGCUGUUUUUUUUGUCUCAUCAAAACACAAAAGCUGCAACACAACACGUCCAAUAUUUACUGCUGUCAAAGAUCUCCUGCUGUUGUACAAAAGGGCAUAGGCCUAUACAUGUUUUUGAAGUUUCUUGCAAAACACAAAGCUAAUAUUUCUGACGCUAACUUGUCAAGCUCAUGUAGUGGGUGAACCCGGUCAUAAAAAUCGGUUAACUUUUUUUGUUCUAUCGACUUCAAGAGUUCACAUCUUCACAUAUUGAACAAAUUUGCAAAACUACAAACAGACUUUAGUCAAUUAACUUUUGGUAACCCUAGCCUGCAGGUAUAAUGCAUUAUCGGGUGAUAAUGCUUCGUAAGACUCAUAAACAUGUACGACCUCCUUAUAAUGUAUUUUAAUCAUCUCAUAUCUGUUUUGCCCCCUCACAGAAUGACAUUAUCUCCAAACUGUGUACCUGUGCCAUCUCCCUGGCCAUCUUCCUGUCCGUGUCUAAGUUCUGUCCUGUGGAGCGCUCCAUCGACGACAAGUUCAUCGCCUCUACCCCCUUCAUCCUCCAGGUCCUCUACCUGUACCUCUCCAUGUUGGCCACCCGGCCCAAGUACUACUUCAUUUGGACCCUGUGUGAGUGCACUUUAGUAUUAUUCAUGUGACUAAAUCUGAAGUAAAAAAACAAAACAAAAACGUGAAGUAUUUGGGAUUUUUGAAGGCUGCUGGGGGAGAAUAAUGUGGGUGUUAGCCACUCCUUAUAACAAAUCAGGGUGAUAUUGGCUCUUCUAAACUCACAUAUAACAGUUGGGCUACUUGCAAUGUGUUACACUGCCCUCUAGUGUCAAGGGGGAGAACUCACUAUACCAGAGCCUCUGUUCAUUCAGUUGUAGACCUACUAUAGUCAAACAGAAUGGUCUUGACAGUAAUGGAUGUUGUUAUUCUGUCUUGGCCACUGACAUUCUGCCUGGUAACCUUUGUUGUGUUUUCCCAUUGGACAGCUGAUGCCAUAAACAACGCUGCAGGCUUUGGCUUCAAUGGCUACAACAAAGAUGGCACCCCAAGAUGGGACUUGAUAUCCAACUUGAGAAUACUGGACAUUGAGGUUAGGCUCUGCCUUUUUUAAAAUUAUUCACAUUUUCACUAGUACUGUAGUAGUAGUGUAUGCUAUUAUUAUCUAGUUUGGCUACAUUCACUACUAGAACAGCACCAUCUCUCUCUUUCUAGUUUGCCACCAGUUUCAAGAUGUUCCUCGACAACUGGAAUAUCCAGACAGCACUUUGGCUCAAAAGGUAAAAUGCAUCAUAAACCAGAUUACGCUCUACUAUCUCACGACAGUAGUCGUGUAGAUAGAAUAUCUACAGUUUAUCUAUAUGUAGAUUGUACUAUCACAGAUAGUAGGCCUAUAUAUCAGUAGUCAUGCUGAUAGUAUACUGAAAGUCUGCACUGGUCUGCCAUUAUCUCUGUACGGAUAACACAUAAUCAUCACAAGUUGGGAUGCUAAUGCUUUAGUUAGCAUUAGCUAGUGUGCUAAUGCUGCAUCUGCGUCAUGUGCACUCAGGCUGAGAUGCUACUAUUGUGAUUAGCAUUAGCGGGUAUGCUAAUACUUUAACUGUACCAUGUCUGUUCUCUACAGGGUUUGCUAUGAGCGCUGUCCCAUCAACCCCACGGCGGCCACCUUCCUACUGUCGGCCAUGUGGCACGGAGUGUACCCCGGGUACUACCUCACCUUCCUCACCGGCAUCAGCAUGACCAUGGCAGCACGGGCAGUGAGUACACAGUCAACACAGCUGGUGUUACCGACCGGGAAUCAAACCCGGGUUGUCUGCACACCUCAAAACUGCAUUAGCCUUUUGCGCUAAAGCCUAGGUGUUUACUCUGCCAGCUAAUGCAAGUCCUCAAGUUUCAGGCAAGGUUACAAAAGCACAUCAUUGAUGUCUUUAGCUGGUGUUGCCCCAUCUCAUUCGUCAAUGCAUUUGUCACAGUCACCAUUAGCUCUGGAGCAGACCUUACCUCUGAUAUAAUAGAAGUGAGUUGGUGGACUAGGAUGAUAUUUAUGUGAAGACCGCAGAGAGCUGACAUGGGGAGACUGAGCUGUGACCCUGUUCUGAUUUAAACAGGAGGCUAUAAAAAAACAGGGCUUGGGCACUGGCCGCUAGGAUUUAAAGCACAUACCCCUUGGCACAGCGGAUGAGUGCGUGUGGGUGGGUGGGUUUGUGUGUGUGUGUGUGUGUGUGGGAGGGGGCGCAGUCUGCUUACACAUGAACAAUAGUGAGCAAUGGUGUGUGUAGCAGUAUGAUAGAGACAGGGUAAUGGACAGGGUGUGUAGCAGUAUGAUAGAGACAGGGUAAUGGACAGGGUGUGUAGCAGUAUGAUAGAGACAGGGUAAUGGACAGGGUGUGUAGCAGUAUGAUAGAGACAGGGUAAUGGACAGGGUGUGUAGCAGUAUGAUAGAGACAGGGUAAUGGACAGGGUGUGUAGCAGUAUGAUAGAGACGGGGUAAUGGACAGGGUGUGUAGCAGUAUGAUAGAGACAGGGUAAUGGACAGGGUGUGUAGCAGUAUGAUAGAGACAGGGUAAUGGACAGGGUGUGUAGCAGUAUGAUAGAGACGGGGUAAUGGACAGGGUGUGUAGCAGUAUGAUAGAGACAGGGUAAUGGACAGGGUAAUGGACAGGGUGUGUAGCAGUAUGAUAGAGACAGGGUAAUGGACAGGGUAAUGGACAGGGUGUGUAGCAGUAUGAUAGAGACAGGGUAAUGGACAGGGUGUGUAGCAGUAUGAUAGAGACAGGGUAAUGGACAGGGUGUGUAGCAGUAUGAUAGAGACAGGGUAAUGGACAGGGUGUGUAGCAGUAUGAUAGAUACAGAGAGAGACAGGGCAAUGGACAGGGGGAUCAUCAUUGUGACAGUAGGAGAGUCAGAGGACAGAGAGGCCCGUGGUAGACAGACGUUGUCCCUAGAUGACCUCCACAUCUCCUCGACACUCAGCUCCAUUCUCCCUCUCCAUCACAUCUAGGAAUAACAUAGUCAUAAGCUGUCAUGAUAAAAUAUAACUAGAUCGGAACUAGAUGUUACAAUUCCCUAUCCGGAAGUAUGCACUUUGCACUUGCACACUUUCCCUCAUGGAUUAAUGAAAGCAUUGGAUUGGUGUCAGCACAGGCUGGUAUGGGAGUUUCCAUUUGUCAUGUUUGUUAGACCAGUGCAUUAUUUUAUAAACCACAAGGGGGAGUGAAUGAGUGCAAACCUGGGUGAGAACGGUAGCAAAUUGCACCGCAGCCAUGAUAUCCUGAAAAGGAAUUUCAGAAAGACAAAGCUCUAUAUUCAUAUUGAUACUCUAAAUGCAUUCUAAAUACAGGUCAUGGGUGAGUUAUGCAGUAAUGAUGGCCAUCCAAGUUGAUUGCUUCUGUUAUUGUAGUAUAAAAAACUGGGUCAGUCAACUUCUUGUAAGGAGUUAGUUUAUAAUGGAUACAAGAGGCCAUUUAAGUCUGAAAGCUGUUGACUUGUUAAUGGGGUCGUAACUCUGAUGGGCCCAUCUUAUAUUCUCUAACCUCCAUUGCAUCUUCUCUGAUUAUUCAAUACUUAUUUUUACUUUCUGUAUCUUAAAGUCAAUGCAACAUAAUGUUUGUUAUGUGAUUUAUUCACAAUUUCUUCCUGUGGCUCACUUCCAGCUAAGACACAACAUCAGACCCUAUUUCCUGGGUUCAACGACACACAAGAGCAUCUACGACGUCAUCACGUGGGCGGGGACUCAGAUCGUCAUCUGCUACACGGUGGUGCCAUUCGUCCUAUUGGCCGUUGGGCCGUCCCUCAAGUUCUACAGGUGAGUGGCAUUACUGAUAUUCCACAUGCUCUACCAGCUCUUUUGAAAUGUAAUACAUAUGUAAGAAGUUAUGUUAUAUGUAACAAUGUAUAUUCAAAACAGUAACUUUAUUAAUACUUGUGUAGACUACCAAUGUGCGUGACUCAAAAUGUGUUGGGUCCUAGGAAACGUGGGAAGCACCACCAUGUUCAAAACCCCUGUCAUUCUUAUUGUGAUUUUUUUCUCCAAAUGCCAGUUCAACAAUGCAGGCCAAUGAUAUGCCAAUGAGUACGGCACAGACAGGGACACGGCAAAGACAGGGACACGGCACAGAGAAUAACCUCCGUUCCACGGCACAGAGAAUAACCUCCGUUCCACUUUCUUUGUGGCCCCCCUCAGUGCCAAACUGUUAAUGAGACCACUUAACGACUAGAAGACAGGGACGAUUGAUGGGGAGAAAUAAAACGGGGGCUAUAUGUGAUCAGGGCACUCCAGUGAAAUCGAAACAAAUCUACAGUGUAAUUUGGUGGAAGGUUGUUGUUAUUUCUGCCAGGCUGAGAGGCGUAUAAACCCCAGUCAUUAAACAGGAGAGUUAGGGGCUGGCUGGCUGGCUGCUUGAAUGGAAGGAGGGAGGGAGUGAGACCUAGUCCGAAACCAUGAGGUGCCUUGAGGACAUGGUCUUCUGUUUUAGGAUUUAAUGGUCCACUGUGCUGCUGACCUGUGUGGACUUUAAUAAUCCCAUAAUCACAAAUACACUGACUGUAGGUACAUAGAGGGCAGGAUUUUCUUUCCCAUUAGGAUUAGGUAGAAUAACUUGUCAGGACUAGUUCACCCAUAAUGAGUCCAAAUAAUUUGUAUUCACAGUGACAUUUUGUGAACUCUUCUGGAAUCUUUAUGCCACAUAGAAAACUCUCCUUGGCAUGCUCUUUCGGGGGCUUAGGCCUGGAUGGCGGUUAUGUGACAAAUGCAUUUGUGAACAUUGCUAUACAGAGCAGAUGACAUCUUGAUUGAUUGAUUGAUUGAUUGAUUGAUUGAUUGACUGAUUGAUUGAUCCUCUCUCUCCAGGUCAUGGCACUACUGUAUCCACAUAGCCUGCCUGCUGCUGGUGUUAGCCCUUCCAGUGAAGCCCCGGCACCUCCGCAUCAAGGAGGAGCAACAGCAGCAGAACACUCUACAGGUUGACCACAACAGCCACUCCAUCACAGACAACAACUGCAACCAGAAACACAAAGCCACAUGAGACCUGGGAGGAAGCCCCCCCCCCCCCCCCCCCCCCACACACACACACACACACACACCUCAGCGCUCAAACAACCGGCACAGAGAGAACAGAACUCUGCUCGAACACUGAGACAAAGUGUGGCGAUUCUUUGAGACCACAAAGAACCAAAAAAACGGACAGGAACACCGGCAUAACAGACAAUAACAAACACAGUUAAACAACAACAACCAACAACAACAACAACCCGUCAAACCUUCCAGUAGCAAGGAAAGACCGCAAAUCAUGCUUUGGAGAAAUGAGAAGAAACGUGAGGAAUGGAUAGAGAGAGUGGUAUCCAAGGGUUACCAAAUGGCUAGGAUCUAAUGAGCGAUAAUAAUGACAUUAGUGAUGAUGCAAACGGUGCAAUGCUAAUCGACAGAAUACCGAAGACUCUGAAGUUGCCUUAAACCCUCUAUGUACUGCUAGCAGGUUAGCGGCCAGGCUAGGUGCAUAUUCUGCAGGGUGAGAAUGGUUGUGUUGAGGGGAGAUCUUGUUGCAUUGGGAAAUUAAGCAGUUGUAGUAGGACCUCCGCCAUGUAGAGGGCGCUAUACAGGCUAGUCAGACAUGUAUCUAGAGGGUUUUUGUCCGAAAAGGAUGUAACCUCUACUAGAAAAAGAGGCGUGGUAGAAAAGUGAGAGAAAUAUAUGAAAGAAAUAUAACUUUUGUCUGAUGCCAACUCCAAGCAGGCUGCCUUGUUUGAUUACUGUCACUUUUGUUUGGUUUUUUUACCUGUUUUGUUUUUUUCAUAUCUGCUGCUUUUUUGGAAUGAUACUCCUUCUAUAGAAAUGAGGGUGCAUUACAAAAUGAGUGUGUUCACGGUGACUGUUGAUUUAGAUUAAUUGUUUUUAAGGGCUUUUUUGACAUGGGGCUAAUUUCCUACUGUAACUGAUUCCAAACUGUAGGUUUCCUCUAGGUUCAAAUGUCUUGCCUUCCUCUGUAGCAUCAGUUACAAGUUCAGUACUGUUAAAGUGGUUUGAAAUCUACAACUAUGCUUCUAGAUUUACUUUAUGAAAAGUUACUUAAAUAAAAAUCUCCCUCGAUUAGUUUUUGAAUCCAUAGCCUCUAAAUGAAAUGCAACAAACUGUAUUGUUACCAUACUGUAUGAGUAAUCAGAUAUAGGAUGUGAUGAUUAAUAUCACACUAACUGAAGCUAACUGUAAAGUAAAUGAUGUUUCUAGAGCUACACUGUAGUCCAAAUGAAGCUGAUUUAGAUGUCUGAAUUACCUUUCAGUAACACUAAAGGUUGGGCAAUAUGUGUUUGACGUUUAGGAAACCUACUGUAUGUAAUAUUAUUUGUACGUGUUUAACAUAAUUGGAAUAAUGGGAAACAUAACAUAUUUCUUAUGUUUCAAGUUUUUGUUAGUCGUAUGUACAGGAUACACAUGGUAUACACCAUCCAACGAAAUGCUUACUUGCUUAAUGCUUACUUAAUUCUUAUGCUCUAAUCAUGAAGCAUAACUCGUAUGCUGCCUUGUUUUGUGACCCUCUUAAUAAACAAAAUAAUAUUUCAAGCCAUAUCCCAGACAUAAGCCACAACCCAAGAGGUUCCAUCAUUACUGUAAUGUGGGAACCACUGGUGUAAGAGAUACAUCUGGUGGGCGAACCAACUCUUCCAUGAGGGGUUGAUAAUUGUGGUCCAGAGGACAGCCCAUGAGCAUAGUCUACAAAUGUUCUGGUUAAGGUUUCACAGUGCCUUGUUUCUGCAGAGGUAUGGACAAGGGUGUACUGGGACGAGAAAUCGGCCAUGGAAUUUCUAACACUCUUCGAGGCCCCCACAUGGCCCAUUUCUUUCCUUGAAACCCCCAUUAUUAUCAAGAUAAUUAUAAUGUUGUGCAAGAAAAGCAAGUUAGACAGGCCCACUGGGCUAAAAAUGGACCAGCCCAUCUGGCAUUUGCCGGAAAUGCCAGAUGGCCAGUCCGCCCCUGGGUAUGGAACAUUCCAUCUCAUACAGUGCAGGCAGCCAUUUAACAUCUUUUUGACCAUACAACAUUUAUUAGAUGGUAAGACUUGGCUUAGUGCUGUAGUACAACCAAGAUGGCAGCCAAUGAACCAGUUUAGGGGACUUUCUUUUGUGAUAAUGAGUAACAACAAUGCAGCAGAUUCGGGUUUUCCAAUGUAAUCUUUCUUCAUCUUGUUUUUCUAACAUGUGCAUACUCCUGCCAUAAAUGUGUGUAUUUAUGUAAUUUUUAGAUGUUCACGUGGUCUAUAAGUGUAUUUGUAGCCAAGGUGUAAUGCCUGAUGAAAGGAAAGGGAUGCUACCUUUACCAACAAGUUGAUAAUUGCACUGCAUGGCCACCCAAACCUAGCCUGGCUAAACUAGACUGAACACUAUGCACGCAAUUGUUUGUGUAGCAUUGUGUGGUUUAACCAGGCUACCCCAAACCAGCAGAUCAAUGCAAACUGCUCCAUAUGUCCAAAGUGCCAAGUCAUAAACGGCCCAUAUACUGUAUGUUGUACGUAUGUGAAAACAUAAUGGUUAUUUUUGUGUCAAGAAAGAAGAAACUUAAUGAAAGAUUUGUAUAAGUCCUUUGAAAAAACGGAUUUAUGUUGUCAAAUAAAGAAAUUAUUUUUCAAACACUAAUGCAGAGAUUUACAACCAGAGA